AUGCUUCCAUUCGUCCCCUUCCCUCGCGGCCAGUUUCGACAACGGUCAUCAGUCAACCGGCAGCAUAAGGCUCCUUUGCACAGUCAGACGAUCGCUACCUCAACGACGAUGCCUCUCAUCGCCCGUCAUUCGACGAAUUAUUCUCAAGGCCUACCGCAGACAGCACGAGAUAUUUUUAUUCCUGGCUAUGAUACUUGGCAUCUCAAGCCGCCCCCCAUUCUCGGAGAAUCAUCCGUCUUUCCAAAGGCGCAGCGGCGUUGCUCCCAGGACUGGUUCCGGGCUCCAUCGGAAUCCGACGAGGAUAUCGGUCUGUUUCGGACUCCUUCUAUUCCAUCUUCUACCAACAUCGCCCCGGACUCGGAGGCCUUCCGCAAACUGCUGGAGGACAGCCUUCGAAUCGACCAUGGGAUAGAGGCGCGAUGCAAUGCCAAGGCGGGUUUGCGCGUCCGGAGCAUAUCAUCCGAUUAUCCUUCGCGGGGGUUCAACUCACCGCAGGUCGAAUCACCCACCUCCACGAUCCGCAUCAACAGACUGAGCUUCUCCAACCUCUCUAGAUUCGGUCACACGAAUGAUCGCUUGUCCAAUCUCAAAUCAAGUCCUCCGACAUCACCCUCGCAGGACAUGAAAGCGGUCACCAGUGGUAUCAAGGCCCACGAUGCCACGACCGCUGCCAUCUCUAAAUGGCAAGCGAGAUCGCAGCCACGGCCGCGGAUCAACUCAUCGUACAAUCAAUACGAGCUACCGGACAGCUCAGAUAUUGGGCCCAGUGAUUCGCUAUCGCACAAGGGACUGUUCAGCACUGAGACUCCGACCUCGGCUUUCACCGACCCGGACGACGCGACCGAUGGCAGGGGACAGCCCUGGAGCAGUGGCAUUGCCUUUGGCAACCAGUGCGACGGUCCUGCGGACGCGCAUGACGAUAGCCCCGCUGUGAUGAGCGCAUCAGGGCCCGUGAUGGGCUCCUCGGAAGCCACGCCGUCGGCUGCACUGCAAUCAAAACGCAAGGCCUCGCAGUUCUCCCUCAGAAGCCUCGGCAGAUCCCUCUCCAAGCGUCAUCAAAUUUCGGGGGUUCGCAAGUGGGCCAGCACCGUCUGCCACGGCGGCACUCGCCGCAUUAACGAAGCAUACAGGCGGCUGAGGCUGAAGAAUGAGAGGGAGCUCCAUCAGUUCGAGGCUUAG